AUGACGUCCGGCCAGAGGGAAAUUUUGCCAGCUAGAAUCUCAUUUUUCCUUCUAUACCUAGUUGGCUUCGGAAUAACAGAGACUGACCAGCAGCGGAGAACUCUGAAUUUGUGGGCUCUCUACACGAUUAUCAUCGUUGCCCUCGGUACCAUUAGCAUCUACAGCGAUUUCUACCACGAAUGGGGGUCCUUUGAUGGGGUAGCGUACACAGGGAUCACUAUGGUGACAGCUACCAUAAUCAAUAUAAAAUAUUACACAACGCUGAUGAAACGCACCUCCUAUGAGCGUCUCAUGCGACUCGCUAGGGACAAAUUGUGGGGGCAGACUCAGAAUGAUUACGAUAAGGAAGUGAUGAAGAAAUGUGAGAAACACGCGCUAUUUUAUGUGGGGGCUUUUGCAUACCUCGCUAGUAGUACAGGAGUUCUCUAUAUCGUCGAACCCGUUAUCUAUCAUUGGUGGAAUAAUAUCACGACGCCCAGCGAUCGCAUGCUCAUCAUCAAAAUUUGGCAAAAUUGGCCAGUUUACGAAACGCCAAAUUUUGAAAUGGUGUACCUUCUCCAGGUAUUUAUCACUGUACAAUUGUGUGUUUUGUACUCCUGCUUCGAGAGUUUUCUGGUGCUUGCGAAUACCUUCAUCACAGGACAAUUCAGUAUUCUCAGAUACCGAUUGGAAGUUUUAUACAGUCAUCAAUUAAUCGAUAGAAUCACCAGUAGUUACAUGGAAAGUGGAGAAGUGGAUGGAGAAAAGAAUUUUCUGGCCUUUGUUUCUCAAGAAUUCAAGAAUUGCAUUAGGCAGCAUCAGUUUCUGAUUUCCGUCACAGAAGAGCUUGAGGGAUUGUACACAAUAAUCAAUUUGGCAUCAGUCUUGGUCCACAGUACUCUAAUCUGCCUGUGCGGUUAUCAAACGAUUAUGCCAGAGAAUGCAGUGCUGAGACGAAUAAAGUUCGGAGUCUACGCAAUAGGCUGCAUAAGCCAAUUAUUCUUUUUCUCAUUCACCUGCACCAAUCUCACCCUGGGGAGCCUCACUGUUGGUGAUGGACCUUAUAACUCCGCUUGGUAUAAUAAAAAUUCAUCUGAGAGGGGUCGAGCGCUCACAAAAGAUUAUUCAAUCAUGAUCAUAAGGGCCCAGCGCCCUUGUAGGCUGACGGGAGGUGGUUUCUUUUAUGUUACAUUGGAUACAGUGAAAUCGGUAUUAACCACUGCUUUUUCGUAUCUAACGUUGAUAAGACAAUCUGCUAUGAAUUGAUGGUUCCAGUGCCUAGCAGCGUAACCUACCUGAACACUUGACACUUGUUCAAGUUCUUUUCAAUGAUUAUAAUCAUGGAAGCAUUGGAUAAUUUAAGGUUCAACCUAGGUGAAUAUCGUGUAAAAUUUUUUGUAGAAUGUGAUGUCUUCAUAUCCAGGAAAUAAAGAUUAGGCUGUUGUGCGGAAGGGAUUCAGGACGAUCAAGUCGUUCACUUG